CCAUGGCCGUACUUGUACGUUCCCUCCAUCCUGGGGUUGGUUUCCACGCUACUUUCCAUCGUUCUGUACAACGCGUGGGAAACCGGGAACUAUCGCGUUCCGCUGCUGUCACUGCUCGUGUAUUGGCUGGGAAUUGGCGGACUUCAGGGGUGGAACGUAUGGAGAAUGGUGCAUGCUGGUUUCGCGGGAGACUUGUAUCUCAGGUUCUACGUCACCAUUGUUGUUGCUGCUGCGUAUGCUCUACUGCUGGGGAUAGAACUUUACCUGCUGCUAACAAAGAGAUACUGCUGUGGAUCGUGUUGUGCGGUGCCCCCCUCCCUCCCGCCGUACGACCUUCAGGACAGGGAAAUGACCUUCUACCAGCCGUUUGUCAACCCUGUUUCCAUGGUAACCUACUGGUGGCUGAACGGUUUCCUCCAACUGGGGUACAAGCGCCCAUUAGAGAUGAGCGACCUUGGAAAACUGCCCAAGGAGCAUCAUGCUGCUGUGAACCACAAGCUCCUGGGACAAGCAUUUAACAAACACAUGAACAAAUGGACCACCGCCCACCCUGCGCGGAGUCUGUGGGCGUCUUACAUCACGGUGUACGGGUGGCGGUUCUUCCUGGGCUGCCUGUUCCAGUUCGUGGGCUCCCUGCUGUCUUUUGUCGGACCCAUCUGUAUCGACCGCAUAGUGCAAUACGUGGAACUGUCUCAUGUUCCACCAAGCAAUACAACAGUCACACAGUGACGACGGGUGAAGUCAUCAACCACCUGUCCAUCGAUGCCGGCAACAUCAUGGACUUCUUCUUCUUCAUCUUCUACCUGUGGUCAGCACCAAUCACGCUGGUGGUUGCCAUGGUGUUGUUGUACCUGUCGCUAGGGGAGGCGGCACUGGCGGGGGCGGGGCUGAUGAUCGUCAUGGCGCCAGUGCAGUGGUACCUGGCCAUGAAGAUGGGCCGCCUGCAGAAAGAGACUCUGGAACAAACAGACCAGCGAAUCAAGAAGUCGAAUGAGAUGUUACAGGCUAUGAAACUGAUCAAACUGUACGCAUGGGAGGAUAUCUUCUCUGACAUGGUCCAAGGAGCCAGAAGGAAGGAGCUGAAAGUACUGCUGAAGGGAGCUCUGUACGGGAUCUGUGUCACGUUCAUCACCAGAGCUACACCAAUACUGACAACACUACUGACGUUUAGUCUGUACACACUCAUCACUGAUGAAGCGUUGACAGCUGGAAAGGCCUUUUCCUCGCUUGCGCUGUUUAACAUCCUAGAAGGUCCGCUGAUGGUCCUACCAAUGGUGACCAGGGUUACAGUGAAUGCUGUAGUGAGCAACAGGAGACUGGGAAAGUACUUUGUUGCUCCUGAAGUGGACAGUACUGAUUUGGAACCAAGGGGAGAAUCAUCAUACACCAGAAGGGAGCUGAGUUUUGAGAAUGGGUUUUCCUCUUUAGAAGACCAGAGGAACCCUCUAGUCAUCAAUGCCAGUCUGUUGGGAUCAGAGACUUUUGAACUUAACGACAACACUGCUAUUCAGGUAGAAGAUGGGACGUUCGCCUGGGACCUUGAGUCCAAACAGCCCAUCCUGACCAACCUCCACAUCACCAUUCCUAAAGGUAAGCUGACUUUCAUCGUAGGAUCAGUUGGCAGUGGGAAGUCGUCCCUCCUGAAUGCCAUACUGGGAGAGAUGACAACAAUCACGGGUUCAGUCAGGUUUGCCAGUGCUCAAGACUCCAUAGCCUACGCUGCCCAGAAACCCUGGCUACUGAACGCAUCACUGAAGGACAAUAUCCUGUUUGGGUCACCCAUGGAUAGGGGCAGAUAUUCUGCAGUGAUCUCAGCCUGUGCUCUGCAGCCAGACCUGGACAUCCUACCAGCAGGGGAGGAGACAGAAAUCGGAGAAAAGGGCAUCAACCUAAGUGGAGGACAGAAACAGAGAGUGAGUGUAGCCAGAGCUCUAUACUCCACUGCUGACAUUGUCAUACUGGAUGAUCCUCUGUCAGCGCUGGACGUCCAUGUGGGGACCCAGCUGUUUGAGGAGGGCAUCAUGGGACUGCUGGCAGCGGAGGGGAGAACGGUGGUCCUGGUCACCCACAAACUGCAGCUGCUGCCUCAGGCAGAUCUGAUCCUCGUGAUGAAGGAAGGGAAGGUGGCCCAUCAGGGAACACUGCAGGAGAUAUCUCUGGCCAGUCCUCAUCUCUUUGAACAAUGGAAGGAUGAAUGGGAUGAGCAAGAGGAAGAGGAAGAGGAGGACACCAAAAAGGAUGAAAAGAAAGACAAAAAGGACGAGGAUGAAAAAGAAACUAAAGAUGGGAAACUGAUGACCCAGGAGGAUCGUGAAACCGGAAUGGUGAAGGUCAAGGUCUACUUUACCUACGCGUACGCCGGUGGGAUCCUUCUGGUCAUCGCAGCCAUGUUGGCCCAGGUGACCUUGAGGGGUUUUGCUGUUGCAAGGGACUUCUGGCUCUCUGAUUGGUCCUCUGCAGCCAGCAGUCAAAAUGGCAGCCAAUUAGAGAUAAGCUCUAUGUUUGGAGAGAUAGAACACCCCAAUGUCACAGAUGUGGAGUACUACCUGAUUGGCUAUGCCAGCCUAUCAGGUGGCGUUAUUCUCAUGACGCUGGUGGGCGCACUGCUGUUUGUGUACGUGAGUUACCAGGCUGCCAAGAACCUCCACCGCGGCAUGCUGGAUAACAUCGUCAGGGCUCCCAUGAGGUUCUUUGACACCACUCCACUCGGUAGGAUCAUCAACAGGUUUUCAUCAGAUACACAGAUCAUUGAUCAGAAAAUAUCACCCAGCAUCAUGUCGGUAGUGUCCGGCACUCUGCAGUGUCUGGCUGCUGUAGUAGUGAAUGAUGUGGUCACCCCCUGGUUCCACAUACCUGCCCUCCCUACGCCGUGGUCACGCCCUGGUUCCUUAUACCUGCCCUCCCUGUCAUUUAGUUUGUCAGUAAGUGUUGAUUUUGUUUUUCCACAGAAAAUAUCACCCAGCAUCAUGUCGGUACUGUCCGGCACUCUGCAGUGCCUGGCUGCUGUAGUAGUGAAUGCUGUGGUGACACCCUGGUUCCUCAUACCUGCCCUUCCCAUCAUCGGCUUCUACUUCUUCAUGCAGAAGUAUUUCAGAGCCUCCUCCAGAGAGCUGCAGAGACUAGAGAGCAUCAGCAAGUCCCCAGUGCUGGCCAGCUUUACGGAGGUGCUGGGCGGGCUGCAGACGGUUCGCUCCUACAAGGAGCAGGGACGCUUCUCCCAACAGUUCCAGGGAAACCUGGACUCGACAGCCAGGACGUUCAUGUGGCUCAACACAGCCAACAGAUGGCUGGGGGUCAGGCUGGACCUGAUUGGCAGUGUGAUCGUGUUUGCUGCUGCCCUGAGCUCCCUUCUGGCAGCAGUAUUAGGAAACCUGGCUCCGGGGCUGGUCGGACUGUCUCUGACUUAUGCACUCAGUGUAUCAGGGUACCUGAACUGGCUGGUCCGUAGUCUGGCAGACGUUGAGAUGAAGAUGAAUGCCUUGGAGAGAGUGAAACAUUACACGGAGGUGCAGACAGAACCACGGGAGGAUACUACUGUGGCGCUUCCUCCCACCUGGCCAUCGCGAGGAGAGGUCCGAGUGUCUGGUCUGUCCACCCGAUAUGCUGCGGACCUGGAGCCUGUUCUCAUGAACGUGUCUGUCAUAUUCAAGGGGGGAGAAAAGGUUGGGAUCUGCGGCCGUACUGGCAGCGGGAAGUCUUCCCUCACCCUGUCCCUCUUCCGGAUGAUUGACAACUUCGCAGGCAAGAUUUACAUCGACGAUGUCGACAUCAGCAAGAUUGGCCUUCAUGCCCUGAGGUCGAAACUGUCCAUCAUUCCACAGGACCCAGUCUUGUUUGCUGGGACUAUAAGGUUCAACCUUGACCCCUUGGACUCAAGGUCAGACCAGGAAUUAUGGGAUGCCCUCGCGGCUGCCCAGCUGAAGGGCGUCGUGUCAGACCUACCGGAGGGGCUGGACAGUGUGGUGUCCGAGGGGGGCGAAAACUUCAGCGUUGGACAGAGACAGUUGUUCUGCUUGGCUCGUGCCUUUCUGAGGAAGACAAAGGUCCUCAUCAUGGACGAGGCCACGGCUUCGCUGGACCUGGAGACGGACAGCGUCCUGCAAUCUGCCGUGACGACCGCUUUCGCUGAUAGGACGGUCAUCACCAUAGCACAUCGGUUGUCUACCAUCUUGGAUUAUGACCACAUCCUGGUCCUGAAGGACGGAAGGGUCAUGGAGAACGGGUCUCCUCAGGAACUCCUGGAUGAUACCAACAGUCUCUUCUCAGCACUGGUCAAGGGAAGCUAGACAAAUCUGGCUAUUGUAUCUUAAAACAAAACUGUCAAACCAACAGUCUCUUCUCAGCACUUGUCAAGGGAAGCUAGAUAAAUCUGGCUAUUGUAUCUUAAAAGAAAACUGUCAAACCUGUGUCACACUUGGCUCCCGAGAACAAAAGGCAAAGUAACAGGGAGGGCAACUAGACGAUAAAACAAAAUAAACCUUUUACCAGUAUGCACAAAGUAUGCUAGAAGUGUUUUCAAACUCAUAAAAUACAGUGUAUAAGUUUUGGUGAAUAUUUAUCACCUUUAUCAUUCUAUUGAAUUGCCAUUUGGGGAUACAUUUUGUAUAUUUGGCUGUGGCAUUAUAUCAUAAUUAUAUAUUGAGAGUGUCUGCCCCAUAUAUAUAUUAUAUAGAUGGAUACAUUAGUAUCAUAUACAUUGUAUGUAAAUGUGGUUAGCAUAUGAUUUGAUAAACUUAGGCUGAUUUUUACGUAUAUUGUUGAACCUUGCUGGUACCUACUACUGUAUUACUAUUAUUGUUUGCUUGAAAUCUACUACUUAAUAAAUGUGUGCUGUGAAGUUGAAUGCC